GUCUGAGGCAAUAAGUCUUAUCCCACCCUUUGGGAAAAGCAUCAAAACUGAUUUGGCCCCCGAUUGCAUACGUGAGGCCGAUAUCGGGGAACCUUUUUUUGAGCGCCUCAAUCAUUGUUUGCCUUAUAUUAAACUCUUUAUCAUAUUUUUCAAAACUUUCGCGCUCUUCCUGGGAACAGGAGCGCCCAACUGGGGAUAUAUUGAGCAUCCCGGAUCUAAAUUCAACAAAGUUGCCCCUCUUUACCGGGAGAACUACUGUCGACAAGUAAUUCAAGACGUAGUUUAUGAACAUUUGGAUCUUGUCUUCACCCAUAAACUUCUGGAUGCUUUGUCUCCCAACUUCCUUUCCAAAUUUAUACUGCACAAGCCCGUUUUCAGGAAACACGUAGUCAAACCUGAAAAUUACGUCCUCGCCGUUCAUCUGUUCGGCGAUUUUCUUGAAAUCGGAGCCACCGACGAGGCCGAGAGUGCACAAGGGUUUGAUUUUAGUUUGGAUGAACUCGUCAAAGUCAGGGUCGAUUCCUUGUCGGGCUUUGGUCAGGGUGCCGUCCAUGUCGAAUAAACACAAAAUCUUCUUUGGUGGCAUGUUUGGGUUUGAAUUUGGCUCCAAAUGUGUGGAAAGAUGGGGAAAACCGGUUUAGUUGUUCUACUAAUGAUUUUGGCACGAUUUAGGGCUGAAACUGAGAAAAAAUUAAAUGUGUUGUUGAUUUUGGCCGACGAUGGCGGUUUCGAAAUGGGGGCUUACAGGAACAAAAUCUGUCAAACACCAAAUUUGGACGCUUUGGCCAAAAAUAGCCUGAUUUUUAACAAUGCCUACACCUCGGUCAGUAGUUGUUCUCCCAGCCGCUCGGCUUUGCUUACUGGUAUGCCGGCACAUCAGAAUGGCAUGUAUGGUUUACACCAAGCCGAAAACCAUUUUGAUUCAUUCACAAAUAUAAAAAGUUUGCCGAAUAUUUUGCGAGAAAAUGGGAUUCGGACUGGAAUUAUCGGUAAAAAACAUGUGGGACCAAAAAGUACAUACAGUUUUGAUUAUGAGCAGACUGAGGAGAAUAAUUCGAUUUUGCAAGUUGGGAGAAAUAUCACUUUUAUGAAAUUGUUGGCCCGAGAGUUUUUAAAUAAAUCAACGGACAAACCAUUUUUCCUGUUUGUGGCAUUCCAUGACCCCCACCGUUGCGGCCACACAAACCCAGAAUACGGCGAGUUUUGCCAACGAUUUGGUAAUGGGGACGUUGGGAUGGGUCUAAUCCCUGAUUGGCACCCAAUUUAUUACCAAUGGGACGAACUAGAGUUACCUUAUUAUAUCCCCGAUACUGAGGAAGCGAGGAGAGAUGUGGCAAAUCAAUAUACCACAAUCUCAAGAUUAGAUCAAGGCGUUGGUUUAAUUUUAGAAGAACUGAAAAAAUCAGGUCAUUCUGAUGACACCCUUGUGAUUUACAGUUCGGAUAAUGGGAUUCCAUUUCCAAACGGAAGGACGAAUUUAUACGAUUCUGGAAUAGCCGAACCUAUGUUUAUAUCUUCUCCCUUACAUAAAGAAAGGCGCAAUCAAGUUACUUAUUCUUUGACUAGUCUUCUAGAUAUUGUUCCUACUGUCCUUGAUUGGUUUAAUAUCACAGAGGAGAGUAAUGAAAUCAUUAACAGAAAACUGACCGGGAAAAGCUUAUUGCCUCUUCUAGUUGAAGAACCACAAAAUACCACAAAUGAGGCAAUUUUCGCCAGCCAUAAUCUCCAUGAAGUGACAAUGUAUUAUCCAAUGAGAAUGAUCAGAACACAUCGCUAUAAAUUGCUUCAUAAUUUGAAUUACCAAACACCGUUUCCCAUUGAUCAAGACUUUUACUUAUCACCAACAUUCCAAGGUAUUUUGAACCGUACAAAAGCCAAGGAAAAUUUGUACUGGUUUAAAACCUUAAAACAAUACUACAACAGGCCCGAGUGGGAACUGUACGAUUUGAAACAUGAUCCUGUGGAAGUGAACAAUCUGGCAGGUAAAAAUGAGUACAAGAAUGUGAUGCAGGAAUUGGAGAAAAGGCUUUCUGAGUGGCAAAAUGCGACAAAUGAUCCUUGGAUUUGUUCCCCACAUUCGGUCUUAGAAAAUAAGGGUGACUAUGCUAAUAACCCCCAAUGUAUGCCCUUGUAUAACAUGUGAGGCGAUAACGUAAACACAAAAAUAUAUUUAUUGUCACAUAUUCUAAACAAAUACUUAUAUAAAACAUCUACGUUA